CGCGCCCCUUCUGGCCUCGGCUUCCUCGCUGUCAAACAGCCGCUGGAGCGCCGGCAGCGGCCGGAGCCCGAGGGGUCCCGGGGCCGCCGAGAGGCUGGCACUGCCUGGAGAGGAGAUCACUCCGAGACUGCACCGCGCGAUUGAAGGUUCUGCGAAUAUUUUGCGGCCUGAGGAUCCGGUUCAACUAAGGUGCUGUAGGACGUGUUAGGGUUUGCACUGCACCGGGACCUUCUCCGAAUUUUUCAGUUGCAAAGCUGCUUGACAGCCAAUUUUGCAUCGCGUGCCUAGGCUCCUUACCCUCCGAGUUUGCACUGUUCAAGGAGUGUGCUCAAAGCUGAAAUUGCACAAAGUUCAGCUCAAGUUUGUGUCAGACGGAAAGUAACCUUAGCCCAGCCAUGAAUCGCCCAGGAGUGGGAAAGGUGACGGAUUCCUGAAGUGGAAGAGGUGGUGGGGACGGGGCACCGCCCAUGCUGCCCUGCUUCCAGCUGCUACGCAUAGGGGGCGGUAGGGGCGGUGAUCUCUACACCUUCCACCCCCCAAGCGAAGCUGGCUGCACCUAUCGCUUGGGCCACAGGGCCGACCUGUGUGAUGUGGCCCUGCGGCCCCAGCAGGAGCCUGGCCUCAUCUCUGGAGUCCACGCGGAGCUGCACGCUGAGCGCUGGGGCGAUGACUGGAGGGUCAGCCUGGAGGACCAUAGCAGCCAAGGGACUUUGGUCAAUAAUGUCCGACUCCCAAGGGGUCACAGGCUAGAGCUGAGUGAUGGUGACCUUCUGACCUUUGGCCCUGAAGGGCCCCCAGGAACCAGCCCCUCAGAGUUCUACUUCAUGUUUCAGCAAGUCCGCGUCAAACCUCAAGAUUUUGCUGCCAUUACCAUCCCACGGUCUAGGGGAGAAGAGGGAACCGGGGCUGGUUUCCGGCCCAUGCUGCCCUCCCAGGGCGCUCCACAGCGCCCCCUCAGCACCCUCUCCCCUGCCCCCAAGGCCACGCUGAUCCUCAACUCCAUUGGCAGCCUCAGCAAGCUCCAGCCCCAGCCCCUCACCUUCUCCAGGAGUGGGGGUGGGCCACAGAGCUUGCCUGUUCCCACACCCCCUGGGGAAGUGGGGACCACUCCUUCUGCCCCACCCCCAAGGAAUCGGAGGAAAUCAGCUCACCGAGUGUUGGCAGAACUGGAUGAUGAGAGAGAGGCUCCCGAGAGCCCCCCACCAGUCCUUAUGGAGCCCAGGAAGAAACUCCGUGUUGAGAAAACCCCACUUACACCCAGCGGAAAUCGACGUGGGCGUCCUCGGAAGCACCCAGUGAGCACCCCCAUGGCUCCCCCUGCAGUUGGGGGUGGGGAGCCCUGUGCAGCCCCUUGUUGCUGCCUGCCCCAAGAAGAGACAGUAGCCUGGGUUCAGUGUGAUGGUUGUGAUGUCUGGUUCCAUGUGGCCUGUGUUGGCUGCAGCAUCCAGGCUGCCAGGGAGGCUGACUUCCGGUGCCCAGGGUGUCGUAUAGGCAUCCCAACCUAAGGCCACCAUCAAGGCACCAGAGGACAAAGCUGGCACCUCCAGGCCAUGGGUGAACACAGUGGGAUGCCACUGAGUCCUAAGAAAUGCCCCCUUCUUCCCUUGCCUUCCCAGGAGGGAAUGACUACAGGGGAAGGGUCCAUUACUAAGGAUAUCGAUUCAAGGCCUGGAGCAGGCCCUCAUGGCCAAGGUGACAGAAGAGAUGGCUUCCUACCAAAGAUAUUGCUGCCUGUAGGAAGUUCCCAGUGAG